AUGUCUGCAUGGGCUCAAAGAAAAGCUCGUGCUGAUUCAAAGCCAAAUCCUGAGCCAACACAGAUUAAUGGUGUAAGUACUGCCACGGUACCAAAAAAAUCAGCUUGGGGUGCACCACCAGUACAGACACCAGCACCUGUUAAUGUAACUCCAACCGAACGUUCAUCAAGUGCAUUUCCAACACCACGUGAAGCAAUGGAAAAACUUUCAAUAGAUUCAACUGCACCACAACCAGCAGUUCGUUCUCAAAGUGCACGCCCAACAAAUCGACGUCCAUGUUUACAUUCAGCUGUACCUGAAUCUGCUGUAUUAGCACCGAUUCGUCGUCCUGAUCAAGGUGGUACUGUUGGCAAAGUAAUUGAAGUAUAUACAAAUCACUUUCGUGUUAAAAUUGCCGAUGAAUUUGUAAAUCAAUAUGAUGUUGAAAUUUAUAUGAUUGGAAGAGAUCAAAAGCCACGUUUAGCUCGUAAAGAUGAACGUUGGGAAACAGUUCAACGUAUUGCCAAACGUGAAAAAGACUUUCCUAUUAUUUGGUAUGAUGAAGGUAAAACAAUUUACACAAAAGAAUUAUUAACUGAUUUUACCAAACCAUUACAAAUUACAUUUAAAAUGAAUAAUGAAGAUAAAACAUUUCAAUUUCAUGUUCUUAAUCUUGUACGACAAGAAAAAAUUCGAGAUAUUUUUGAUUUCAUUGAAAAGAAAACUUCGGUUCGACCAAGAGACGCCAUUCGAAUUAUUGAAACACUAUUUAAACAACGUGCAAGAAAUGAUCUGAUUGCCAUUCGAAAUCAAUUUUAUGAUCGUCGUCAAAAACUUGAUGAUCUCGGUGAUGGCCGUGGAAUGGCAAAUGGUUUCUAUCAAGCACUUUUUCUAACACAAUGUGGUCCUACAUUGAACGUCAAUCUUGCUUUUACUUGUUUUUAUAUGCCAUUAAAUUUUGUUGAAUUUGCAACGAAAUAUCUUCGUAAAGAUAUAACAAAGGGCUUAAAUGAAAAUGAAUUGCAAGGUUUUAAACGUAUUGUUCGUAAUAUGUUAAUUGAAACACUUCAUACAGGUCGUGAUAUUCGCUAUCGUAUACGUGGAUUCGGUUUACCAGCUAAUCAAAUUAUGUUUGUACGUGGUGCUAGUGACGAAGUUGGUGAUGCAUCAUUAGGUGAAAAAAUAAGCGUUGCCGAUUUUUUUGCUGAAAAAUAUCAAAAAUUGAAGUAUCCAAAUUUGCCAUGCAUUGAUGGCAUGAGUGGUCAACAAAAACGAGCUAAUUGGCUACCUAUGGAAUUAGUUAAACUUGUUCCAUGGGAACGUUCAUUGAAACCAUUGGAUAGUGUACAACGUGCAUUAGUAACAAAAAAGUCAGUUAUUAAACCUGAACAACGUUAUGAUCAAAUAAUGAAGAUUGUCAAUGAUCGUGAUUUUGAUAAUGAUUCUUAUUUAAAAGAAUUAGAUAUUAAAGUUGAAACAAAAGAAAUGCUUCAAGUGAAAGCUCGAAUAUUGCCACCACCGGAAAUUAAAUACCGUGGCCAAGGUAAAACAGACAUAGCUGAACGUGUAAGUUUUGGCAAAUGGACAAUACGUAAUCGAUUUUAUACAACACGAGAUAUUACUAAAUGGGGCAUGAUUUAUUUUGGUUCUAAACCCAAUGAAAAUAUUAUUGAAUCGCUCAAAGAUUUUGAAACUCGUUUGCCACCGCUAUUACAACGUUAUGGUAUUACAAUGAAAUCAAAACCAAUCACAGUAGCUAAACCACCUGGUAAAAGUGAUAUAGAAGCAACAUUACAUAAUGCGAGCAAUGAAAAAUGGCAAUUAGCAAUUGUCAUACUUAAUAAUACAACAGAAAAUGUUUAUGAUUAUAUUAAACAAUGUGGUAAUCAACGAUAUGGUUUGGUGACACAAUGCGUUAGUUAUCAAACAUUGGAGAGAAAUCUUAGUAAACUUGAUAUGUAUGUGCAAAAUUUAAGUCAAAAAAUAAAUGCAAAGAUGGGAUGUAUAAAUGGUGUUGUUAAUCUAAAAGCUGCUUUAAGUCGUCCAUCAACUGAUGAUAUUUUUAUGUUUUUUGGUGCAGAUGUAAGUAAUACGUUGUAA